GCGGAAUCUUUUACUGUUCUCGAAAGGAUCUGUUUUAUCAUCGUGAAACUGGGCGAGCAGCGGUAGAAUGAGCACCGAGGCUAGAACCCUGUGGGUUGGAAAUCUGUCUGAUAAUAUCGACGAAGAUCUUCUCUAUGAGUUAUUCGUACAGGCUGGACCUUUGGAGAACGUCAACGUGAAAAGGGGGCCGGGCAACAGUAAUCAGAAUCCUUUUGCGUUUGUGACGUUUCGACAUGAUGCGUCAGUGGGUUAUGCUAUCGCGCUUUUCGACGGAAUUUCGCUCUAUGGUCGCGUUCUAAACAUGAAGCAAAGGCAUGGCGUAACACCAGACUACAAAUAUCGCGACAUCAUGGAAUCGUAUUUGCAGGAAAUGCAUCAUUCCCGUGGCAGGCAACAGCAGCAGCAGCAGCAACCGUUGAUGAAUUACGGUAACCAACUAGAGCAGCAGGGAAUUCAUUAUGCUAUGAUACAGCAGCAGAUGAUGAUGAUCAAACAACAGCAGCACUAUGAUAGUGGUGGAAACAACGGUGGAACACGCGGAGGAUUCCGGAGGGACCAAAGAGAUGGGGGACAAGCAAGAGACAAUUUAAGAGGCAUCCACGGGGGACACAGUCACGAUCGUUACGAGAGGAGCAGCGGCAGCAGACGCCAGCAACACCAUGGAGCUCAUCACGGAAGCAAACAUCAUCACCAUAACCAUUCGCGAUAGUCGAAGUUAUACUACGUUAUGGAAAAAAAUUCAUUUCAACAGGUCGAAAAAAAACAAGCUAUUCAGUCGCAGCAAUCGCAUUAACUGCAGCAUAUAGCUGUGAUAAUGCCAGAAAUUGACCAUUAAGACAAAUAGAUUAAGCUAUACACUUGUAAGGAUGUACUAUUUUGCCUGAAUUGUGAAUACGAUAAAAUUGCAUGGAGAGACAGAAUGCCGAUAAACUCAUACGACCAAAUGCGAUCGAGUGAUUUUGCCGGCCAUUUGCGAAGAACAUUUCUUUAAUCCGAACUAACAGAAACUAGUAGGGAUUCUGAAAAGCUGAUUUGCAGUAUACGAGUGGUUUAAUCACUGGCAUUAUUUUGUGAUGAGCUUAGCUUCAUUUGACGAAAGUGCUUUUUUUUGUGGCGAAGUUCAUGUGUUGCUAAACUUGCUGGUGGAGUCAUGACGGAGAUCAUGUCUUCACGUGCACCCACCAUGUAAUGAA